AUGUCUUUGCUGAUUCCUCUCCAUUGGAUUCAGAACGCAGCUGCCGGGAUGUCUGAUAUCGAGAGCCCUAGCACUGCCCGUGCCGAGCUUCCUCGUCAAUUCUCAUUCUUGUCGACAUUGGCCUUGGGAUACAGCAUUACCAACUCAUGGGCUGGUUACGCGGGUAUCCUAUCGAUACCCCUGGUGAUGGGAGGGAGCCCAACAGCUUUCUUUGGCCUUGUUGUUGCUUCGAUAGCUUGUUGUUUUAUAAGUAAGCACGCCCUACUCACUCAUGGAAACGGCAUUGAUAUCCUGUCCGCCAAUAGCUGCUGGCCUUGCAGAGUUGGCGUCUGCAUUUCCCACUAG